AUGGCCUCUUCUCCCCAUACACCAAGCGCGAAAACACUCGCAGAUUCUUCUUUACCAGACCCAACCCCGGAAGUCCAACAACACGCGGAGGCUCCAAAAGCCGAUCCCGAACGCAGCGCCAAAGCAUGGAGGGCUGUCGCAGGUUCAUCGGCAGCCCUUUUCGCCUCCUUUGGCUGGGUUAACUGUAUUGGGGUCUUCCAAGCGGAGUACGAGACGAGCCAGUUGAAAGGCUACAGUAGUUCGACAAUCUCGUGGAUAACUUCAAUGGAGUUUUUCCUAAUGUUAUUCCCCUCACCUAUAGCGGGUAAGCUUUUUGACAACUACGGUCCACGGAUUCCCAUCGCGAUCGGCACGCUGGUUCAUUGCUUUGGUCUCAUGAUGGCUAGCCUGUCCCGGGAGUAUUAUCAGUUCAUGCUAAGCCAGUCUGUUUGCUCGGGCCUCGGUUGCGCCAUGAUCUUCACCCCAUCGAUGAGCGCUCCCUAUACGUGGUUCCGGAGAAGGCGUGCCAUUGCCUCUGGGCUGACUGUUGCGGGCUCCUCCCUUGGUGGGGUCAUUUUUCCACUAAUGGUCCAACAUCUUAUCCCCCAAGUGGGUUUCGCCUGGACCAUGAGAAUCUGUGCUUUCCUUGUCUUAGCCAUGAUGAUCUUCGCCAACCUCACGAUCUCGUCGUCAUUGGUGCAUCAUCCGCGGCCUUUCAAAACUAGUGAUUAUACUCGGCCCCUCCGCGAGCUGAACUUUUGUGUUCUGGCUGCAGCUUGCUUUUUCCUUUACUGGGGCAUGUUUGUCCCCUUUAAUUACAUCGCGGUGGUAUCUAUGCAGCACGGAAUGUCUCCAAGCCUCGCACUAAGCCUCAUACCAAUCCUCAACGGCGCUAGCUUCUUCGGUCGUACUGUGCCCAACUACAUCGCUGACCGCGUGGGUGCAUUCAACGUCAUGAUCGUCAUGACCACCUUCACCGCCGCCCUCGUCCUAGCAUUAUGGCUCCCAGCACGUAGCAACGGGGCGAUUUUGACCUUCACUGCUCUCUUCGGAAUUGGGUCAGGGGGAGGGGUCGGGUUGGGUCCUGUCUUAAUUGCUAUUCUAUCCCCAAUAAGUGAGGUGGGGGUCCGCGUCGGCCUAACCCUUGCCAUUGGCGCCAUCGGUGGUCUUACCGGCCCUCCUAUUGCGGGAGCCAUUGCGGCGCAGGAUGGGGACAGCUUCAGGUUUGCCUGCGUCUUUUCUGGGGUUAGCUAUGUACUUUCUCUCUGCUUUGUGAUUCUCCGUGUCAGGCGGGGCGGCUGGAGGGUUGCAUCGAAGGUAUGA